UCAUUUUACUGUGUAAAUACAACCCUCAUAACACAACCCUCGACCCCACAGCAGACCGCGAAAAGGAUUGUUGUAGUGGCGGAAGGUUACAUCAGUAGGAAAGAGUGGUACGUUGUAAACCGUAUAAAGUAUGUAACGUUAAUGUUUUAAGUGGAUACAACAAAAAACAAGGGCUUUAGUUUCUAAUACUACUAUAAUUGGCUUAUGUUUUAUUUUAAAUAAAUAAUACAUUUUAUAGCCAAUUAUUUUAACAGCGGAUGUAGACACGACGGACGUAGUACUGCGGAUAAGUAGCGCCCUUCGUCCUCCGAGAAAGCGGGAACCUCAGUUAACAGACGGGUUCGGAGGGUAAUGCUAACUUAAAGUUCUAAGGACACCCUUGGGGACAGUAGUUAUCUGGAUACAUCUCCCAGAUGUCAGUGAUGGAAAAACUGGACGCAGUGUCAGCGGCUACUUUGCAAGCUGCAAACAUCAGUGAAGCCUUGUUACCAACUCUGUCCCGUGAAGAUAUCCGUGAUCUUUUCCCUGGACCUGAACAUUUUCUUAGGAGAAAAGCAAUAUGGAACCUGUUUCACACAGAUCAAGAGGGGCAGCAGACAGCAUCUCCUAAUCAAGAGAAUGGUUCGAAUGGCAGAGGGCUGGCCACUGUACAAGUCAACCCCUGUGUUUCAGAAACUCCUCGGUCCAGUGAUCCUACACCUCCCCAACCUGAUGUGCAAGAGACAUUGGGCUCCCCAACCCUGAGUAUGUUGUGUAUACUGACAGUGAGCUGGAACAUUUUAGAAAGCAGUAUUUUGAAAUGCAGCGUGUUGGCCAAGAACGUGGAUGCACUCUUUCAAAAGAACUUCGCUGCCGAUUAGUGAGGAACACGGUGACCAACAUGGUGUCCAUCAUCAGAGCAACUACUACUGAAUUCAUGUAUCCAUCCAAAAAUGAUGUCCAGGCUAUGGCAAAGCGGCUUGUGGAGUAUUAUCCAAUGCUUCGUGAUAACUCUGUGAACUGCAAACACACUUGGGAAUUGCUUUUCAAACAAUUACUGAAAAGACUCCACAACAUAAAGACACCAAAAAAGCGACAGGGACCUACACCACAAAGACGGAGGAAACGAAGACGGCUGAAUUUUGAGUGUGCUGAUGGUGAUUCAAGCACAUCCAUCUCAGAGUCACCAGGAAGCACGGCAUCAACUGUAAUCUUAGACAGAACAAGAAGCAGCGCAUCAUCUUUGGAUGGCAUGAAUUCACCUGCUGAAAUUGUUGACCAGAGUGGAAAAGCUGCUGAAGAUCUAGGAGUUCAUUCUGGCACUGAUAGUCAGCAAAGUCAAGCAAGGCAUUACCGUACCCUGCAAGAGAUGUAUAAAAGGCAGAAACCUAACAAGGAGGCAGUUGCCCAGCUGCUUGACCUUGAGUUUGAUGCUCGCAGAGCCUUCAUCAACUCUGACACUUUGAGAGACCAGGACAGACCAGCUAACAUACUGCAAGCAUACCCCUGUUUCAGAGAAGUAGAUCAUGUUAUGGAUGAACUUCGCCGCAUUCUUGACAGAUCUAACCCUGACUUUAUUGCUGACCUGAAGACCCGCUGGGAGAGCUUUUAUGGCAAAGCUCAGUUCUAUGGAGUUUUUAAAAAGGUUCUGAGACCACCAACAACACAAGACAAAGUGACACGCUCUGUAGCUAUGAUGAAGGCUCUGCCUGAGAUGUUCCCUUCACCCGUGGCCCUACCUAAGAAGUUGGGACAUGCAAGUGAGGCAGUGGUGCAUGUUCUUGAGCCCACAGAAAACCCAACCACCUACCUUCAGAGAAGACCAGUCUUCAGUCCAGUUCUGAUCAUUUGUGAUAGCAACUGCAUGCUGGCCAUUGGGUCUACACCUGUGACAACUUUUCCAAAAGAAAACAUUGACACAGGUGUGCUCUAUCUUUUAGCAUACUACUACACAUUUCAUCUGACCUAUCCAAAGUGCAUCGCAACACUCCUGUCAAUACUUCAGACAGAAGUUCUGCAGGAUGCCAUUCAUGAUCGGGAUGCAACUUCAUCCUACAAAAAAACUUUGUCAGAGUGGAAAAAGUUCAUUGGGGAGUAGUGAAAAGUGCCCUAUGGCCAUGCAGCAGUCGCUAUCAUUAUCAGUAGGGGUGUAACAAAUAGUGAUUUGAUUUAUACUACUGAUAUCAUUAUUUGGUGUAGUCAGACAAUUCAGUUAAAUUGGGUUUAUACAACCCUAUCCAUCCUGUGGUGCAGGAUGACUUUGGUUGAUGUUUGAAUAAAAUAACUGGUUAUUUACCAAGUUUCAUGUUGUACUAACAGAACUGGUUAUUUACCAAGUUUCAUGUUUAAGUAAUAUAACUGGUUAUUUAACCAGUUUAAGUUUCAUGUUAAAAAACUGCAUUAGAUACUCUAGUUCAUAAAAAUGCUAUUUCUCUGAGGCAUGUGCAUAAGGAAGUUUUGAUUAGUUUAACUAUUAAGAAUAAAACACCUUACCAUGAACGUGGUUUACUUUUGUUUAUCUAAGCUAAAAGAGAAAUGUAUCUAUUUGUUUUACGUUUCAUACCAAGGUUGAGUUGCCACCACCCAGCAUACUUUCACACUUGUUUCUCAGUAAGUUCUAUGUAGCCUCAUUGGAACUAUUUUUGUAAGCAUGUAUUUCAUGUCUCUGGAAAUAAUAAUAAAUAAAAAAAAGGUGGAAUGACUGGA